UACACAGAGCCACCAGUAGAGUCAGUACACUACCUGUUGUUGUCUGGAUUAAUAGAUGGUGUUACAGCUAGUAAUGUAGAGGGAUACUUGUCCAAUUCGCUUGAUAAAGUCAAUGAUGUGGUAUUACUUGGAAAUGGAACUGCUCGUGUUGAAGUUGCUGAUGAUAAUGAAAGUAUUAAAGAGUUUCUAAAAGAUAAGCACAAAAUUAAAAAGCAACAGAUUGAAAUCAAGCUUACAGAUCCGCCUGAUCCAGCCAGUGUUUCUACCAGCACCGUCGCUGCAACUCCUGAUGCUCCAUUGACAUUAGAUUAUUAUCCUGAUUUGAUUGAAGUCACUUUCGAUGAUGACAUUGAUACUGAUGCUAUUCAGAUGUACUUUGAAAGCAAACGCUCAGGAGGGAAGAGGGAAAAAGUAGUUGAAUCUAUUAAGACAUUUGAAGAGGGUGUUAUUCAUGUUAAGUUUGAAUCACCAGAUGAUGCACUAGCUGUUAUUGCACAUGGGGAACAUUCAAUCAAAGUUAAAAAGCAGCCUCGUAAACUUGAUAUUCGCUAUGUCCCUCUUCCACCAGUAAAGGAAUAUGAUAAGAACAAGUUAAUAAUCAAGGAUAUACCAGAAGGAGUGGAAGAAGUGGUUUUAUCUUUAUUCAUUGAGAAGCACUUGGGAUUAGAUGAAGAUGAUUUCACAAUUGAUUUAAGAUCUGGUGUUGCUAUACUGCUUCUAGAAUCUUCUUACACUGAUGAAGAGCUAAAUGAAAUGGUGGAGAAAUUAGGAGCAAAAAACCUGCCACGAAGAAAGGAGCAGUUGACUAUUGAAAGAUGUGAAGUUAAUUACAGUAUUUAUGUUGCUGGCAUCACUAACAAGGGUCUUGCUUCAGAAGAUAAUUUGGAACUUUAUUUUGAAAGCUCCAAAAGUGGAGGAGGAGACGGUGUAGUUGAGAAAAUUGAGAUGCUAGGAAAAGACAAGGCAAAAGUGACUUUUAAAGAUCAUUCAGUUAUUCAGAGAGUUUUAAAGAGGAAACACCCUAAACUUGGUCCUUGUGUCAGUAUUACUGAAUGUUUAGUCUUGGACUCUUUAGAUGAAAGUACAAUUGAAGAUGAAGAGGAGGAGGAGGAGGAGCCUAUUGAAAAGGAAUCAAGCCACAAAAGAGACAAUAAAACUGGAGAAAAGCCAGUAAAAGGACUUGAUAAGAAGAAUGGGCAAAAAAAGUCCAAAAAGAAAAAUAAUAAAACAUGUAGCAGCAGUGACGAUGAUGAAUCAGAUGCUUCUUCACCUCCUCCUCUUGUCAAGGUCGUUCCUUCUCCUCAAGUUCCACUUAAUCCCGUACACCAUCCAUUGGAUCCUCUUCUUGCUAAGUAUGUUCGUUUAAAACCUGGCAUUACCAAGGGAAUUGAAAUGGAGUUUCAAGUUAAGGUUACUGCAGAUGAUGCUGGUAUUAUUACAAUAUCACCUUCACUUUCCUCUCCUUUUGACUGGCCUGAAAAAGCUAUAGAUAUGAUGCAAGAGUUUAUCUCUAGUUCACUUACUAAAGUCGAUUUAUCUGUUCCCCCAGAAGUUAGUAGUUCAGUUUAUCAAAUGAUUAUGAAAGAAUGCAGUGAUGAAGGGUUGCAAUUUGCCCUUGGCCAAGGUAACAAUAAAGUUGCAAUAGCGGGUCAUAUUGAUGCUGUAACAAAGCUACAGCACAAUGUUACUGAACUAUGUGGUAGAAUGAUACAACGUGUGGAAGAGGUUGAGCUUUCAAACGAAGACUUCACCUAUUUAAAGGGUUGGGCUCUAACUGAAGUUCAGCAGCAACACAAAGCAGUGAAGCUGCAAUGUCAUGAUGAUCGUUUGUCGAAGACAAAAGCUUAA